AUGCGUUCUCUCCGCCUCGUCCCGCUCCUCGCGAGCCUCCUCGCCCUCGCCACCACCAUCGCCGCCGCCGCCUCCUCCGUCAAGAAAUGCCGCGACGAGACCUUCCAGAACCCAGUGCUCUACGAGGACUACCCGGACAACGACGUGUCCGUCGGCCCGGAUGGCGCCUUCUACUUCUCGGCCUCCAACUUCCACUACAGCCCUGGGGCGCCGAUCCUGCGGUCCCUCGACCUCGUCAACUGGGAGCCCGUCGGCCACUCGAUCCCGCGCAUGAACUUCGGCGACGGUUACGACCUGCCCCCCGGCGGCCCGCGGGCCUACCGCGGCGGCACGUGGGCCUCGACGCUGCGGUACCGCGAGAGCGACGGGCUGUGGUACUGGAUCGGCUGCACCAACUUCUGGAUCACCUGGGUCUUCACGGCGUCGUCCGUCGAGGGCCCCUGGUACAACCGCGCCAACUUUGGCGGCGGCACGUGCAUGUACGACAACGGUCUCCUCAUCGACGACGACGACACCAUGUACGUCGUCUACGGCAACGGGCAGGUCAAGGUCGCGCAGCUCGCCGCCGACGGCCUCAGCGUCGUGCGCACCGAGCAGGUCCUCCAGGCCUCGGACGUCAACACGGAGACGGUCGAGGGCAACCGGAUGUACAAGAUCAACGGCACGUACUACAUCCUCAACGACCAGCCCGGGUCGACGACGUACGUCUGGAAGUCCAGCAGCCCGUGGGGCCCCUACGAGGCCAAGGUCCUCGGCCAGAACGUCGCGCCGCCGCUCGCAGGGGGCAACUCGCCGCACCAGGGCAGUCUCGUGCAGACGGCGAAGGGGGACUGGUACUUCGUGUCCUUCACCUGGGCGUACCCGGCCGGCCGCAUGCCGGUGCUGGCCCCGGUCGUCUGGGGCGCCGACGGGUUCCCGGAGCUGGUAAAAGGCUCCAACGGCGGCUGGGGCUCGUCGUACCCGCUGCCGCUGCCGUCCCGGCCGCUCUACAACUGGACGCGGACGUACCGGUUCGAGGAGGACGGCGUGCUCCCGCCGACGUGGGAGUGGAACCACAACCCGGACGUCGCGAGCUACCGUGUCGGCAACGGCGUGACGCUCCGGGCGGCCAGCGUCACCGAGGAUCUGUACUCGGCGCGGAACACGCUCACGCACCGGAUCCACGGCGAGUUCCCCAAGGGCACGGUGGAGAUCGACUUCGCCGACCUCGCGGACGGCGACCGGUUCGGGCUCGCCGCGUUCCGCGACCAGAGCGCUUACAUCGGCAUCCACCGCGAGGGAAGCGGGUACACGCUCAAGGCGGUCCACGGUAUCACCAUCGACGAGUGGUCCGGGGCGCCGGUCAGCCCCGGACGGGAGGUGGCGUCGGCGCCGGUGCCGGCGGGUGCUAGGAAAGUCUGGUUUCGGGCGGAGCUGGAUGCCCGGCCGACGGGCACGAGGGAGGCCGUCUUCUUGUACAGCUUCGACGGGGUGCGGUUCACGAAGCUCGGGGAGUCGUACGAGCUGUACUCGGGGUGGGCGUUCUUCAUCGCGUACCGCUACGGCAUCUUCAACUUUGCAACCAAGCAGCUGGGCGGAUCGAUCAGGGUGGAGUCGUUUACGGCGGCUUGA